AUGGAAGAUUAAAUAACUAAAAAAUAAAAUAAAAUUAAUAUCCAUAAAAAAGUUUUCGUAUAAUAAUUUAUUUAAUUAACUCUAAAGAUUUGGAACCAAUUUAUUUAAAAGAUUCUUUUUUAAAAAUAAAUUAUAUUAGUAAAAUAAGUAAAUAAAUUUAGAACACUUUUAAUUUAUUUGUGCAAAAUAAAUUUGAAACAAUUAAUAUAUUCGUUAGAUAUUGUAUUUUGUUAAUUAAAAAGAAAUUAAAUAUCUACUCAUAUUAUAAAUGUUUAAAUAUCAACCCUAUUAUUAAUUUAGGGAAUAUUCCUAAGUAUUAGGUUGAUGUUUAAGUUACUUGUUAGAUUGCUAAUAAAAUAAAUACUAAGAGUUUUUAUUUUAAUAGAGUUAACAAUAUCUUUCAUAGUUUAUUAGCGUUUUAAAUAAAUAAUAAAAAUAUUAAAAAUAGCUAGUAAAUCGAUUGUUUUUGAAUAUGUGAGAAAUGUCUACUUUAAAUAAAUUUUAUUUAUAGAUUAAAGAAAUUCAUUAUUUAUUCUGAAGAAAAAUAGGUUUAUUUAAAUUAAUAAAGAUAGUAUUAAGCCUAGUUAUUAUAAUUAUGAUAGAUAUUGA